AUGUAUGGUGAACCUCUCAACCAAGGACAGAAUCUCAUCGUCGCAGAUCCGAAAUCCAAAGAUUCCACGACAUUCGUUGAUGUGAAGUCCGAGACUCUGCGCGACAUCGUGCGAGAAGUGCUAGGGAAUGUCAAGGCAGUUAGUGUAAUGGAACCCAAGCCCUCGAUUGAGCAAAUUAUCUUGUUUCAUUUCCUGCCCGAGCUCAAGUCCAAGCUCAACCAAUUGACUCACGGCGAACAAUCAACCGGGACCCCAUCCCCGAGCCUGGUUGCCCCUUCCCCAGCUGAUCCAGGUGCAUGUGCAGAUUGCGCAGAUCCAAGAAAAUUGCAGCACAAUGCGAGGAGCCACCCAGAAGGCGUGGAGUACCUCCGUCUCCUCAUCGACCACAUCGAUAAGACUUACGCAGCUAAGGUGGAACGCCUCGCAUCAUUGUUGCAACGCGGGGAGAUAACUUAUGAUCUUCUUGAGCUUCUCUUUAAGCCUGGAUGCCACGUGUACACGAAAUGUUUCGGCACUGGAAAAUCUCGUUGCGUAGUUUUCGACGCCGCAGAAGAGACCACACGAAAAGACGUCACGCAUCUCAAACUUGAAUGUCAUUAUCUUGACCAUGAUAACCAUGAAUUCGGGGAGGUAGGGAUCGAGCUGGGUAUCGUCAAGUUUCGAGGGCGUAAACCAAUUCGCACCCUGGAGGCAUUCCCACUCCAAUACCACCCAGACAGUGAACAGAUUGCUCGGGACCUGAUAGAACGCGGUCGCAAAUUCGCUCAAUUCAUCGGACGCUCCAGCACAGCCAUCUUACAACACUGCAAGGGCACGGCCUUCAUUAUGAAGAAUGGGAAGCCGCUGGCAUUGAACAUCGACAGUCGUGUGGCAAUCGAUGCAGCCUUGUUUCGUGAAAUGAUGCCGAACUACCGACGCCCACGGGUCUCCGACUGUUGGGAAGACCUUUCGAUUAUCCGCGGCAUUUCUCUCAAAGAGGAAGAACGCCGAGAAGAGCUUGAAAAAUUCAAGGCCAAUGGAAAAGACCAACAUUCGAUCACUGAUGACGAGUGUCUCAUAUGCUGCCCAACGGUUCGGUGCUUCAGCUUCACUGACAAGAUCUUUGUGGAGUGUGCUGUUGGUGAUUUGGCAGAUGUUCAGUGGUACCCUGCCUCCUUUGACCGCUUGCAAAUUCCCAAUGACACAAAGGAAAUCCUUCUCUCGGUUACCACUGCUCGCUUGUCCGGCAACAACGACGUAGUCUUUGAUGAUUUCAUCAAAGGAAAGGGCCGAGGGCUCAAUGUCCUCUUCUACGGUGUGCCUGGAGUUGGGAAGACAUUCACGGUCGAGGCGACAGCCGAGCGAUUCCAGGCACCUCUCUAUUCGGUAUCGGCAGGCGAAUUGAUUGCGGACCAUGGCGAUCCCCUGCAACUGGAUAUGACCCUCGAUCGGAUCUUUAAAAUUGCCAAACGCCUUAACACCGUCCUUCUGGUCGAUGAAGCCGAUGUGUUUAUGGAGAAGCGCGCAUCGUACCAGGGGAGCCACAACCGACUGGUGACCGUCUUUCUUCGGAAACUUGAAUACUACGAAGGCGUCCUCUUUCUGACCACCAACCGCGUGAUGGAGUUUGACGAGGCCGUUCUGAGCCGCAUCCAUCUGAAGAUCAAGUAUCCAGAAUUGACACAGAACGCCCGGCGGAACAUCUGGGAAAGCUUCCUUUCAGAGGCUCAAACCCUUCAAGGACCCGCCACCGUCGACCCUAGCGAACUUGAACAUCUAGCAUCGAUGAAAUUGAACGGCCGAGAGAUCAAAAAUCUUUCGUCCAUCGCCCAAGCAUUGGCUUCUGUCGAGAAUACACAAGUAACCUUCAAGCACUUGGUGAAGGCCACGAAGGCGAAUGAUAAAUUCGUUGAGGAGUUCAAGAACUCCGGUCGGAUGCAGGGCAUGUAUACGUGA